CCGCGGGCGGGGCGGGGGCGGUGCCGCCGGUGCCGGAGCUCGCCUGAGGCGAGGCGAGGCGCGGCGGCGGGUAGCGAGGGCACGGGUCGGGGCUGCGGUUGCCUUUGCCCCGGGCCGCCGGCGGCUCGGAGCAGCCUCUUUCACACCCGUAGCGGCACGGAUGGAGCCGCCGUGCCCGGCUUGAGCGCGUCGGCGGAACCCGGAGCCGCUCCGCCGAGCCCGCCCGGGCGGGGGGGGGCGCAGCAUGGUGGACUAUAUUGUGGAAUAUGACUAUGAUGCAGUGCAUGAUGAUGAGUUAACGAUCCGAGUCGGGGAAAUCAUCAGGAAUGUGAAAAAACUGGAAGAAGAAGGAUGGUUAGAAGGGGAGCUAAAUGGCAAAAGGGGCAUGUUCCCUGACAAUUUUGUGAAGGAAGUUAAGAAGGAUGUAGAGCCCAAGGAUGAUGCCGUACCAGUCAGGAGGGAGAAAUCUGGCAAUGUAGCCAGCCUUGUGCAGCGUAUCAGCAGCUAUGGGCUUCCGGCAGGAGGAUUUCAGCCUCAUCCCCCAUCCAAAAACUUCAAGAAGAGGUCCAAGAAGCGGCAGUGCAAAGUGCUCUUUGAAUACACCCCGCAGAAUGAGGAUGAGCUGGAACUCAAGCUGGGGGAUGUGAUUGACAUCAAUGAAGAGGUAGAAGAAGGCUGGUGGAGUGGAAUACUGAAUGGCAAGGCAGGGUUGUUUCCUUCAAACUUUGUGAAAGAAUUGGAACUGACGGAUGAUGGAGAAACACAGGACGCUCUGGAUGACACAGAGUCUGUUUUCAGUGGUCCUACCUCACCUGUGGUGUCUCCAGGAAACGGGAGUGAACCUGGGUCUGGACCAGCACAGCCAAAGAAAAUCCGAGGUAUUGGGUUUGGAGAUAUCUUUAAAGAAGGCUCAGUGAAACUUAAGACAAGAUUAUCCAGUAAUGAAUCAGAAGAUAAAAAGCAAGAUAAGCCAUCACCUAACCAUCCCCCUGGAACAAAGCUCGUUCAUUUUCCCGGUACAACAAAAACUGAAAACUUGUCAGAAGUAGUAAAAUCAGAAACUGAAAAUAAACCAAAAGCCAAGGAAUACUGCAGGACAGUAUUUUCCUAUGAAGGCUCAAAUGAUGAACUCAGCUUUAAAGAAGGCGAAAUCAUUCAAAUAAUCAGUAAGGACACUGGAGAGGCAGGCUGGUGGAAAGGAGAACUCAAUGGUAAAGAAGGAGUCUUCCCAGAUGGUUUUGCUGUUCAAAUACAAGAGUCUGACAAAGACUUCCCUAAGCCAAAGAAACCUCCACCUCCAGUUAAAGCUCCAGCUCCAAAGCCUGAAUUGCCAGCUGGAGAGAAGAAAUUCCCUUCUUCAAGGGCUGAAGAAAAAGAUGAAAAAGGAGCUUUGGAUCCGAAGCCUUUGAAGCCGCAGGCUCCUCAAGUACCACCCAAGAAGCCUAUUCCUCCAAGCAAGACUAACAGUUUACUGAGAGCAGGGCUUCUGCACCCAAAACGUCCAGAUAAACCUGUUUUGCCAUCAUCUGUACCCAAAUCUAAUGGAGAAGUUGUUUCUCUUCGACCAAAAUCUGAAGUUGAGCCGUUAGCAAGACCAAAGUUAGACUCUGAACCAUUACCACGUAGACCAAAAUCAGCAGAGGAAGAUUCCCUUGUGGUAAAGAGCAUUAAAGAAUCAGAUAUGUUAAGCUUUGAUGAUGUAAUAGCUACCUCAAAUAAACUAUCGCACCCUACUGCAGACCGACCCAAGAUGGCUGGUAGGAGGCUGCCUUCCCGUUUCAAUAACAGUCCCGCAAGUCAAAAUGUGAGUCCAGAAAAAAAUUUGAAGGUGCAGAAAGAAGAAGAAAGUGCCAAACCAAAGCCAUUUGAAACAAAAAAGCCAUCUGCGUUCAGUCCACCAAUUCCAUCUUCAUCUCAGAGACCAAGUUCUGUUAUACUCAACUUUUUUCCUGGAGACAUCCAGUUUAAAGGAGAAACGGAUGAUGAAAAAACUUCUCUGGAAGAGCUCAGGACUCAGAUUAAUGAUUUGAUGGGUUUAGUAGAUGCACUGAAGAAAGAACAUGGGAGGGAACUGGAAAAACUAAAGAAGGAUUUGGAAGAAGAGAAGCUAUUGCGAAGCAAUCUGGAGCUUGAAAUAGAAAAAUUGAAGAAAGCAGUGAUGUCUACAUGAGACAGCUAUGGACUCAAUGUUUUUAACUCGCCAGGAAUUCAAAGCUGAACACAAGGAGAAUUGACUUAUUUCUUGACAAUGGAUGCUGGUGUUCUACCAUCUUAAAGAAAAAAAAUAUAGUUAAAAAAAAGGAAUUUAGUCUUUUAUUCAGAGAGAGAAGAAAAUGAAAAAGAAUAAUGGUGUAAUUUUUUUGCCAAUAUAAAAGAGGCCUUAUUUCUUACUGUGCUGGAAUUGCAGACCUUGUUUUUUGGUUUGCUUGAAAAUACUACUGAAUCUGUACAGAGAGGAGAGGGAAUUCUUAAUAGAUUUUUAUUGAAUACUUGCAGCUUGAUUUUUAAAGAGAUCUAUACUAUAAAUAGGGUGAUCUAUCUUUACAAAUAAUCUGUAAAAUAGUCUAUUGGGAGGGAUGGAGUAACUGUAUCGUAAUAGUAGUCACUACUUUUCCCCUACACGCAAAAGGGAAUAUAUGAUAUUUGUAUAACUUUGGCAGACUUACCCAGGGUUAUGCUGUUGUGCCUGUCUGCAGUGAGAAUAUUCAUAAUAUGCUGUUUAUAAGUUGAGUAAUUAGAUAGGAAUUUGUUAAUGCAAUGAAGCAGGUGAAACUCCUAUGCAUUGUAGUAAGAACGAAUGAUCUAAUCUGGGUAGCCUAGCGGAACGUUUCGUCACUUGCACUAUUGGAUUAAAAAGGGAUUUAGGACGGAAUCAUGAUGUUAUGACAAAAUUAACUUUUAAAACCACAAAAUGCAAGAGAUACAGAAACAAGACUAGAAUCCAGUCUUAACCUGUGGUGCCUAAAAUAUUACAGCAUGAAAAAGUAAACCUUAAGUCACAACGUCUGUGCUUCUGUGUAUCUAAACUGAAGUCAUCAGUCUUUCUAGUGGUUAAACAUGCAUCUUGAUCUGUUUUUACAGUAGUCAAGUUUUGUUUAUAAUAUGUCUCCAAAUAAAUCCCUUUGGAACUUU